AGGCUCUCUUUCUAGCUCCACCACAUCCCAUCAAUUCCUUCUGUCCCAAUUUUUAUUUCACAGCAUUUUGGGUAGACCCGAUCACACCUCUCAGAUUCUGCUCUUACCCACGUCCCCUUCUCCCAACAUUCCUCACUGAUCAUGUCAAGACUUGUGUUGUAGCAUGCGCUGCACAUAAGUGCUACGAGACUGGUUGAAAUGUUCAGCGUCAGCAACCGAGACGAAUGCAACGUGGAGGCAGUGAAGGAGUAUUACCUGCGGUCAGUAGGCGGGAGGUGGCAAGUACGCCGGUGCGUCUACAGGAUUUCAAAGCUUCCCUUCGCCGAUGGAGGGUUCCGAGUUUGCCACAAGGCGUGGAAGGAGGGAGAGGAGGAAGGUCGGACGUAUGUGAUCAAGUACUUCAAGAAGGCUUCCCAUGCGUCGAGGUACUUCGAUGAGGCCCUCGGGCAGGUCCUCAGCGUUGAUCUCUGCAGAAAGUUCCGAGCAAGAGCAAGGGGCGUGCAGGUAAGUUUCCUGCCAAUAUGCAUCGUGGAGUUCGAGGAUGGCAGGAAUGCCUUUGUGGAGAGGUUCUUGGACGGAGAGUUUCAGAAGUACAACAACAAUCACGGUUACGUGCAGAAGACAAACCCCAUCCCUCAAGCCUUCAGCCACUUCACAUGGACUUGGAGCAAGGGGAAGUUGUUGAUCUGUGACAUCCAGGGUACAGAGAGCGAGUGGACGGACCCGCAGAUUCACACGAUUGACGGGGAUGGUUUUGGUUGCGGAAACAGGGGGUUGAAGGGGAUGUAUGACUUCUUCAACACCCAUCAGUGCAAUGAGUGGUGUGAGAAGCUGAAGCUGUCU